UCUUCAUGUUUGCUUUUAGAUUUUUCUCUUUCUCAUAAUUUCAGAAUCUGGGUAAGUUUUAAAUUGUUAGAUUUUCUAUGAAAAGAUAACCUCUUUUUCUUGUUCUGCUCUGGAAUUGAUCCUCUUAGCGAGAACUCUUACUGUGAUUGUGGACUGUUUUGCAGCCUCUAGAAGCCAGUGUAUGGGUUGCACACACAAAGUACUAAUGCUUUUUCAUUUUUGUUUUUUUCCCUUUCUGAAUUUUUUAUGAAAUCCAAUUCCAGCCUCAAGGAUAAUGCCUGGAAUUCCUAUAUGGUAAUGAGGAAAUAAUAAUUAAGCAUUGAUUUCAUAUUAAUAUUAAAAAAUUAUAAAUCUUUGAUAUGGAAGAAUUUUAAAAUCAUUUUUAUUGUUCAGUAUGCUAUGUAGAUCUCUCCUAAGCUAAAAGGUUGGUGAUCAUACCUAGUGUUGUAUCAUAAUGCUUUAUGGAUUCAAUUGACAUUAAAUGAAAUAAAAAAAAUAAAAGAUUUCACUUUCGAUUGGGACCCACAAAUACGAACAAUGUCAAUAUGAGCAAAGACGUUAGCUUAGUUUCGCCCUCCUCCACCAAAUAUCAUUCAUAAUUCUCCGGCCUAUUUUCCGAGAGCCACACACAAGCAAGAGGAAUCAUGGCCAUGGGGGGAGAGAUGCUAAAAUUCCCACUUUUGGCCAGUAAUCAAACUGCUAAUUAUAGGGACAAGUCUUGGAGGAUCAAGGCUCUUUGCUUCCUUCUUUGUUUCUUCACCAUCUCAUCUGUAGGCCUAAUAUUUGGAGGCAAUUUAACUACCUGGGUAUUACGAGAAGGAAAAAAUUUCAAUGAGAGGAUUAGAGUUAAUGAUGGUGAAAUUGUGGAGUCGGAUCAAGGAGUUGUGGCUGCUGAUGAUGGCCGAUGUUCUGACAUCGGAGCAUCAAUGCUUAGACAAGGAGGGCACGCUGUUGAUGCUGCAGUGGCAACAGCAUUAUGUGUUGGAGUUGUUAAUCCAAUGUCCAGUGGAAUAGGAGGUGGAGCUUUCAUGAUUGUUAGGUCUUCACUGGCUUUGAAAACUCAAGCUUUUGACAUGAGGGAAACUGCUCCCUUAGCUGCUUCAAAGAAUAUGUAUGCAAACAACAUUCAAGACAAGUAUUCAGGUCCAUUGUCAAUUGGAGUUCCUGGUGAGAUUGCUGGUCUUCAUGAAGCUUGGUUACAGCAUGGACGUUUGGCUUGGAGGAAUUUAUUCCAACCUGCCAUAAAACUUGCGAAAGAUGGUUUUAUUGUUGCACCUUAUCUCGGAUUAGCAAUAGUUCACAAUGCAGGAAAAAUUUUGAAUGACUCUGGGUUGAAGCAAGUGUUUGCACCAAAUGGGAAGUUGUUACAAGCUGGUGAUAGAUGCUACAAUGUGAAGCUAGCCAGGAGCCUGGAGGCAAUAGCAGAACAGGGGCCACAAACCUUUUACAAUGGCACUGUUGGUGAGCAGUUGGUGAAGGAUGUAAGAAAAGCUGGUGGGAUAUUAACAAUGGAGGAUUUAAAAAAUUACAAGGUAGAUAUAAUGGAUGCAAUGGCUGCAAAUGUGAUGGGCUACACUGUGUAUGGAAUGCCACCUCCUUCAAGUGGAACAGUUGGAUUGUCUCUGGUCUUGAACAUCUUUGAUAGCUAUGGAACUUCAGAUGCUGCAAAGGGGAAUCUUGGGGUACAUCGCUUGAUUGAAGCAUUAAAACACAUGUUUGCUGUCCGAAUGAAUUUGGGAGACCCUAAGUUUGUAGACAUUCACAAAUACGUCUCUGAAAUGCUUUCUCCAUCCUAUGCUGAGCAAAUUCGGAAAAUGAUAUUAGAUAAUACUACUUUUCUUCCAGAAUAUUAUAUGAACAGGUGGAGUCAGCUUAGAGAUCAUGGAACUAGCCAUUUCUGCAUUGUUGAUGCCGAGAGAAAUGCAGUAUCUAUGACAACCACUGUAAAUUAUAAUUUCGGAGCAGGAGUUCUCUCUCCUUCUACUGGUAUUGUGCUAAAUGAUGAGAUGGGUGACUUCUCAGCACCCACAGAGAUAAGGUUUGACAUGCUUCCUCCUGCUCCUGCAAAUUUUAUUGAAUCCAACAAGAGACCCCUAUCUUCCAUGACCCCCAUUAUUGUUACUAAGGAUGAUCAGCUGGUAGGAGUCUUGGGAGGCAGUGGAGGAAUGGACAUCAUUCCAGCAGUAACACAAGUUUUUAUUAACCAUUUUGUCUUGGGAAUGGAACCUUUAACUGCAGUUCAGAGUCCAAGGGUCUACCACAAGUUAAUACCUAACAUUGUGCAGUAUGAGAACUUCACCGUGAUCGAUGGUGAUCACAUAGAGGUUGCUGAGGAAACAAAGCUCUUCUUGGAAGAGAAGGGACACCAAUUGGAGGCUAAGGCAUUGGGAGCUAUAGUCCAGCUUGUUGUUCAAACCCUCCAAAACCCCAUUGCCAUGGGGCGGAAGAAUGGAAAAGGUUCUAAAAUAUUCCAUGGGACACUUACUGCGGUAAGUGAUCCUAGAAAGGAUGGGAGACCUGCAGCCAUUUGAUCUGUAAUUGCUUUUGUGAUGGGAAUAACCUAGGUAAGGUGAGUGCCAUUGAUAGAAUGUACAAGGGUACAAGCUAGUGUGUGGAACGAUAUUGUUUGCAGAGUAUUAAUCAAUUUGUAUAUAAAACAAGACUCGUGAAAUCAUGAUAUGAUGAUUGUAUGUAAAUCAAGUUACCUCUUAGCACACAAAAUUCAGUGUGAAGAAGUGCUUGUUUAAUACACGAAUUUUGUACUGCC